UCCCGGGCCUGGGCCUUGAAGCAGAACCCUGAGUUCAAGUCCUGAACCUCGGGUUCGGGGCUCCUGGACCCCGCAGGAUCGCGCCCAUUCCCCAUUAGGCUCCAGGCUUGAGGAUGAAAGCGUGUCUUGGGGUAGAAGGCGAGGGACUCGUGUGUUUAGACUGCAUAUUGCAGGCUCAGGUGCACAGGCAUAUGCCGUGUGUGUGGAGGCGUGUGUUCUGGGUACAUCCACGUUGGUGCAGAUGGCUAAAAAGGCAUGUGCCAUGUCUGCAGGUCCAUGAACCACACAGGCCAGGCAUGUACACUGCAUGGUCAACCCCUGUGCAGAUCUGCCACCUCCAGGUUGUGACCAAACUCUCAAGCACCCAGCAGAGCUUCAGCUAUGGGUCUGGCCCAGAACCAGUGGAGGAGGUGCUCAGGCAGACCCCCCACCCCCAGAGACCCCCGGGACCACUACGACCUGCUACAACGGCUGGGGGGCGGCACCUAUGGGGAAGUCUUCAAGGCCAGAGACAAGGUGACGAGGGACCUGGUGGCACUGAAGAUGGUGAAGAUGGAGCCUGAUGAUGAUGUCUCCACCCUCCAGAAGGAAAUCCUCAUCUUGAAAACUUGCCGGCACGCCAACAUCGUGGCCUACCAUGGGAGUUAUCUCUGGCUGCAAAAGCUCUGGAUCUGCAUGGAAUUCUGUGGGGCUGGUUCUCUCCAGGACGUCUACCAGGUGACCGGCCCCCUGUCAGAACUCCAGAUCAGCUAUGUCUGCCGGGAAGUGCUCCAGGGGCUGGCCUAUUUGCACUUACAGAAGAAGAUACACCGAGACAUCAAGGGAGCCAACAUCCUCAUCAAUGACUCUGGGGAGGUCAGACUGGCUGACUUUGGAAUCUCGGCCCAGAUCGGGGCAACGCUGGCUCGACGCCUCUCCUUCAUUGGGACCCCCUACUGGAUGGCUCCAGAAGUGGCAGCCGUGGCCCUGAAGGGGGGAUACAAUGAGCUGUGUGACAUCUGGUCCCUGGGCAUCACAGCCAUCGAGCUGGCGGAGCUGCAGCCACCGCUCUUUGACGUUCACCCUCUCCGAGUGCUUUUCCUCAUGACCAAGAGUGGCUACCAGCCUCCCCGGCUAAAGGAAAAGGGCAAAUGGUCAGCUGCCUUCCACAACUUUGUCAAAGUCACCCUCACAAAGAACCCCAAGAAACGACCCUGCGCCACCAAGAUGCUCAGUCACCAACUGGUGUCCCAGCCUGGGCUGAAUCAGGGCCUGAUCCUAGACCUUCUAGACAAACUGAGGAAUCCAGUGAAGGGAUCCCCGGUUGGCGAGAUUGAGGACGAGGAGCCUGAGAUACCCCCGGUCAUCCCUCGGCGGAUCAGAUCCACCCAUCGGUCCAGCUCUUUGGGGGUCCCAGAUGCAGACUGCAUUCGGCGGCGCAUGGAGUUCAGGAGACUCAGAGGAAUGGAAUCCAGAGCCCCAACGAACACCGCUCCCUUCCAGCCCCCUAGAGAUGUCAAGAGCAGCAGCCCCAGGAGGCAGCUCUCGGAGUCUGAUGACGACUAUGAUGACGUGGACAUCCCCACCCCUGCAGAGGACACCCCUCCUCCACUGCCCCCCAAGCCCAAGUUCCGUUCUCCAUCGGAUGAGGGUCCUGGGGGGGCUGGGGACGAGGGAGAGCUGAACCCGGGGGUGCUGGUCCGGUGUGCUAGUGGGCCUCCCCCACGCACCCCUCGUCUUGGGCCUCCCCCAGCCACCCCCAGCCCCCACCUCACUGCACAUUCAGAACCCUCACUGUGGAACCCAGCCUCCCAGGAGCCUGACCAACCCCCACUGCUGCCCCCCAAGAAGGAAAAGAUGAAGAGAAAGGGAUGUGCCCACCUCGUAAAGCUGUUCAAUGGCUGCCCCCUCCGGAUCCACAGCACGGCCACCUGGACACACCCCUCCUCCAAGGACCAGCACCUGCUCCUGGGGGCAGAGGAAGGUAUCUUCAUCUUGAACCGGAGUGACCAGGAGGCCACGCUUGAGAUGCUCUUCUCUGGCCGGACCACAUGGUUGUACUGCAUCAACAACAUCCUCAUGUCUCUCUCAGGUCUGGCUGCCAAGUCCAGCGCCUGGCCUACAGCAGGCACUUCAAAGACAUUGCGUUGGAAAGGAAUGAAUGAAAAGUGCUUGAAACUUGCUGCCUCCACCGCCACCGCCGUUUUAAAGGGAUGGGACCAAGUGUGGGGCUGGGGGAAGGGAGGGGGAAUCCAGGGUCCUAUAACUGCCUGCUUCCCCCCCGCAUACACACAUGCUGCAGGAAAGACCCCCCACCUGUAUUCUCAUAGCAUCCUGGGCCUGCUGGAACGGAAAGAGACCAGAGCAGGGAAUCCUAUCGCACACAUUAGCCCCCACUGGCUGCUGGCGAGGAAGAACAUGGUCUCCACCAAGAUACAGGACACCAAGGGUUGCCGGGCGUGCUGUGUGGCGGAAGGUGCAAGCUCCGGGGGCCCGUUCCUGUGCGGGGCGCUGGAGACGUCGGUGGUUUUGCUCCAGUGGUACCAGCCCAUGAACAAGUUUCUGCUCCUCCGGCAGGUGCUGUUCCCGCUGCCCACGCCGCUGCCGGUGUUCGCGCUGCUGACGGCGCCGGGCUCCGAGCUGCCCGUCGUGUGCAUCGGCGUGAGCUCGGGGCGGUCGGCGAAGUCGGUGCUCUUCCACACGGUGCGCUUCGGCGCGCUCUCCUGCUGGCUGGGCGAGAUGAGCACCGAGCACAAAGGACCGGUGCAGGUGACUCAGGUGGAGGACGACAUGGUGAUGGUGUUGAUGGACGGCUCUCUGAAGCUGGUAACCCCAGAGGGGGCCCCCAUCCGUGGGCUUCGGACCUCGGAGAUCCCCAUGAGUGAAGCGGUGGAAGCCGUGGCUAUGGUCGGGGGUCAGCUCCAGGCCUUCUGGAAGCAUGGAGUGCAGGUGUGGGCUCUAGGCUCAGAUCAGAUGCUGCAGGAACUGAGAGACCCCACCCUCACCUUUCGUCUGCUUGGCUCCCCAAGGCCUGUGGUGGUGGAGACACGCCCAGCAGACGAUCCCACUGCCCCCAGCAACCUCUACAUCCAGGAAUGAGUCCCUGGCAGUGAGGGGGUGUUAAGACUGGUCCCUGCACCCCCCUCUCCAAUGGACACACACUAGUGGUCAUGGCAUGUCCCUGUCUCCCAAUAAACGUGGCUUCAGCCUCUA